AAAACGCGUUGUACUCCGUGUGUGUCUACAACAACAACAUCAUUAACAACAACAAUAACAAUUUGUGGACAAUUUGUGUGAUCAACACAUUGAAGAAAACAUUGCGCGCCUUUUUUGCAACUACAAAAAUUUUCAAACUCUAAAAAAAUUGAAACGUUUUUAGAGCAGCGACCACAAGAAUAAGAGUUUAAACUUUUUCAAUAGAUUGUGUUUCAUUCUACCUACAGUGUGUUUUUUUAUUAGAAGAACAACAAUCAAGAUUGAGGACAUUGACAAUCUAAGAAAUUUUAUAUUGAUAGAUUAAUAUGAGUACAACGAUUAAUAAGACUGAUAAAAAGUCAACCAGUUUCCGUGAGAAGAUAUUUGGAGGUAAGAAGGUUGUACCAGGUGGUGGUUCGGCAUCAUCAUCAAGUGAAUUGAAUACAAGUGUUGGUUCUAUUGGUGCUACCAUCACAAAUAACAGCAAUAAUAAUGGAAACACCUCACCAACUAAUGGUACUCCUUCGAGAUCCUCAACAGAACAAGUCUUGCAAAUUCAAAGCUCAGUUAUAUUGAAUGAAAAUGGCUCUGCAUCAACACCUGUACUUACUAAUACAUCAUUAACUUCUUCAUCAUCAAGUCAGAAUGGUUUGAAUAACAGUCAGGCACCAUCCGCUUCAUUAUUCCUGAACAUUUCGAAUAGUGGCUCCACUUUAGGCAACUCGUCAGGCGUCAAGUAUGAUCAAGAACUUGGAUCCAAACUAAAAGAGUUGGAAGCCACACAACUUCACUAUAAAGCUUGCCAAAAUGGGUUCAAGAGUUUCUUGAAAGAAUCCUCUGAACUUGGAAGGACAGAAGAACUUAUGGGGCAACAAAUGAUUCACUUUUCUCAAAAGAUGGAUAAUGCAGAUCUAAACUCUAAACACUUGAAAGUACUCACUCAUGAAAUGGGUGAAACAUUGAAGCAGUUUUCACUCUAUAGAUUUUAUUUGAAUAGAGAUAUUGAUGAAAAAUAUGUUCGAGUAUUGUCAGAAGUUCAAAACGAUUCCCAAUUAAAUGAAGCCAAGGAAGGAAACUUUGUAGAGGCUGAAACUGAUUAUCAAAAACAAUUGAGAAAUAUCAAAUAUUUCCUAGCUCUAUUGGAUAUGAAGAAUUCUCUGGCAAAUUAUGUUGAACAAUGUUCCAAAAUGAUUCACUCUGUUGAGAAACAAAUUGAUGGAGCUAUCAAACAACAAUUCGAAACUGGAGUUUUCAAUUUUUCAUCUCUUUCUCUUCCAACAACAUCAAAUGCCAAUCCACUCACACCUAGAUCAGCAGGUUCAGUUGCAACACAAGUAACUCUUGAACAAAUUAUUUCCCAAAAUAUGCCAUACAGAUCCGAUGACAGUAUUCUAUUCGGUGUCGAACUUAAAGAUGUACUGAAACGAUUUGGUGAACCAUUUGGAGUUCCAAAGAGAAUCAAGGAACUGGUGGAAUUUGUAGAGCAAAACUAUUUGGAAACUGAAGGAUUAUUCCGUAUUCCUGGUCAUUCAAAAGGAAUGGAUGAUUUGGCUGAAAAGCUCAACACUGCUGUUGAUCCAAUUGACUAUGCUACUAUGGAGCUGACAAACAAACCUCACACAAUUUGUGGACUCUUGAAAAAGUACACUAGAGAAUUACCACAACCUCUCUUGACAUUUGAACUGUAUGAAGACUUUAUUACUGCAGCUAAACUACCAAAUACAUCAGCAGAAACCAAGCAAAAACAAAAAGAGGAAUUUAAAAAACUUGUGGAUAAGCUUCCUGUGGAAAAUUACAAUCUUCUUGGAAGAAUUUGUCAAUUAUUCUCCAAAGUGACCCAAAAUGAAGGCAAGACCAAAAUGAACGCAUCCAACAUUAGCAGAAGCUUUGGUACAAAUUUGAUGAAAAUGAAGGUUGUAGAUGAUCAGAAAAUGCUUGGUGACUUGGAAAAGAUCAACUUGGUUUGUGAGAUACUCAUCGCUAACUCGGAUGACUUCUUCCCAGGUGAGUUGGAUACAAAGGCCGCCCAAGGCAGACGAUUUACCGAUGAAGAAAUUGAAGAGUGGAAAAAGAAAAAAUCUGGAGCUAGCUCUUCUGUUUCUACGAAUGAACAAGAAGCUAAAACUUCUCCACUUCCACUCAAGAGAAGUCAAUCUAAACAAUUUUCUGGUAAUGAACAAAACGCUUCAAAUGAUCACACACCAAAAAAGUCCUUUACCCUCAAAGCUAAUGAAAAUGCAGAAAUUCAAACCAAUUCAUCUCAAAGACAAUCUUUGAGAGGAUGGAUCGAAGUUCUUGACAAGUCUCGUAGUAAAUUCUAUUAUUUCAACCCAUCCAAUGGAGAGACUAGUUGGAAGCAUCCAACUCAUGGAAAGAAACCUGCCAUUACCAGACAUGAAGAACAACCUCAAUCUCAAGACUCUUCGAAUGUGGCAGGAAUGAAAAUAUUUAUGGAACUGAUAGGUAAGGUUGAACAACAGGAUACAGCUGGUGUGACACUAUUCCUGAAAUCGACACUCCUCACAAAUGAUAGCGAACUCUCACGUAAUGUUGGUGAAAUCUUGAGCAAGGAUUUCAAUUGGAAUGUUUCUGAUUUGAACAAGGAAACAAAUAACCUGACAAAGGAACAGUUGGAACUGUUCAAUUCAAAAUUACAAGUUUUAUCUAAAAACUUUGUUUAAAUAAUUGUAACAUUAAAAUUAAUUUUAAUU